AAGACACAAACGAUGGCAGACUUCGCAGAAAUGUUUGGAAGUGAUGUCGAGUCCAACGAUGACUCCGACGACGAGUCCAACAAUGAAGAGGCGAACAAAGGAACCAAUGAUGAGGUGACGCGUGAAGAACCGGAUGAACACAGCGCUGAAGAGGCCAACGAUGAACCCAUUGGUGCACCAAAUGAUGCCUCAAAUGAUGGUUCAAACGAUGCAUCAAAUGAUGGAUCAAAUGAUGAACAAAACGACAAACCAAUUGAUAAGAUGAAUGAAGACUCAAAUGACGGAUCAAAUGAUGAGUUGAUUGUGAAGAAGAGCGCCGAGAAGUCGAAGCCUAUCAUCGAAUCGGGCGAUGAAUCCAACGAAGGGAUUGACCAAAUGCCAAAAACUCCGGGCGAGGCGUUCGUUGAGGACGAGGAACAGAUGGACAUCGAAAGAGUGGGCGACGAAGAAGAGGAGGCGCCCGAAGAGCCGGAACCGGUGCCCGAAACGCGCAUUGAUGUGGAGAUCCCCCGAAUUGUGGCCGACUUGGGCUCUGAAGUGCAUUUCGUGAAACUUCCCAACUUCUUGAGCAUUGAUACACAUCCUUAUGACCCGCAAUGGUAUGAAGACGAGAUCGAUGAGGACGAGAACCUCGACGACGAGGGCAGGGCUCGACUCAAGCUGAAGGUCGAGAACACCAUUCGGUGGCGGAAUGUCGUCGACAGAGAGACUAACGAACUCAAGAAGCAAAGCAACUCACGAGUCGUCCGCUGGUCUGACGGCACAUAUUCUUUGUAUUUGGGAGAAGAGAUUUUCGAUAUCCAUCGACUCAACCUUAUGGCCGGCGAUAACAACCACCUGUUUAUAAGACAGGGAACUGGACUUCAGGGCCAGACUGUGUUCAGAACUAAACUCACAUUUAGGCCGUAUUCGACCGAAAGCUUUACGCAUAGAAAACUGACGCUUUCUUUGGCGGACAGAAGUCAGAAGACACAGAAAAUACGAGUUCUGCCGAAUGUGGGCAAAGAUCCGGAGGCGCGUCGAUCGGAGAUGAUUAAGAAGGAAGAGGACCGCCUCAAGGCAUCCAUUCGGCGCGAAAACAAACAGAGAAGAGCUCGCGAGCGCUCACUCAUUAGGGGUCCGACCGCUUCCUAUUUGGAACCGGACGGCGACGAAGACGACGACGAAGAGGGCAUUUCCAUCGCUAGGAUUAAGGAUCGCUUCAAAAGGGGUUCGUAUUCUAAAUACGCUGACGACGGAGACGUCUCCGCAGACGAGUCCAAAGCCGAGAAGGAAGACAUCGAAGACGACGACGACUCAGACCUCGACUUUCGCAAUGAGAAGAAAGAACGCAAAAAGGCUGUCGUCGAAGACAGUGACGAUGACUGACUUCAUUGUCACCAAUCGAUUGAUUUUUCGUCAUUUAUAUCGCAAUCAUUCUCUCAAAUAUUAAUAAUUUUAAUAAUAAAAUAACAUUUUUAGCAUAUUUAUGAAUAAAUGUAUCAAAUUUUGUAAAAUAAAACUAAAUAAAAGCACUC